AUGUCCAAAGAAGUUCAUUCUUUUCAGAGCUACAACGGUUCCUCUAGAGUUGGAGGUAAGGAGCGGGCGGAUUGGAACGAGCAGAGGGAGCUGCGGGAGCUCAACUCCCGCCUGUGGCUCUACGUGUCGCAGGUGCGGGCGCUGGAGGAGGAGAACCGGCGCUUGGCGCACGAGCUGGCGAUGAUAAUUGACUCCCUUGAAGAAGAAAAGCAUUUCUUAACUGCAUCCAUCGCUGAAUACCUAAAAGACUACCACGAGCUCCUGCAGGUGAAAGCCGGUCUCAGCCUUGAAAUUGCCACUUACAGAGCUUUAUUGGAAGGAGAGAGCAGUGAAUGGAUUCUUGUAUGGGAUGAAGAACACGGAAGAAAAUUACCACAAAGUGUCCGGAAUAUGCUUUAUGAAUACAGCUGCCGUCACUCAGCUUAUCAACAGGAGAAAGGAAAGAGGACUUUUCCUGCAAUCCAGUAUGUGGACACACAAUACAAAUCCCCUCCAACAAAAAUGAGCAGUUCUGAAGUUUAUUUGUCUCAAACAAAAACUGGCAGAAUGCAGACAGCUGCUCCAAGGAAGACACUGAGCAGGGACACCUUCCAGACGAGAUAUCAUCCUUCAUCGGCCAUCAAAAAGGAUGCAAGUCACGUGAGAACUUUUACAGAACAGAAGGGGACCCGACCCUUUGUUUCCCCUUAUGUUGUUAGCCAAAAGAGCGAAGCUCAGUGGGGGACAGUACCUGAAAGAAGCAAAAGAGAAGCUGGAACUACUGUUUCAUUUACGAAAGAAUCAGCAACUGUCCAGAAAGAAACAAGUCCACGGAUUUCUGAAAAUGUGAGAAAUGGAGAUCUGUCUGCCUUUUCGUCUUACAACCUACGCUCUACGUCAGACCAAACUAAAGACGAGAGGCCCAUAGGAAGAACUCAUACAGCAAAUGAAAAGAUGAGUGAUGAAGAAGUAGUGAAGAAGGAAACAUCUGUGUUGCUAGAACGAAGGAGGACACAGGAAGGGUUGGCCGACGAAAGAAGACCUUCUGACACUGAGAAGGUUAGUGAAAAAUCAGCUCCAGUAGGAAGAAAUGCUAAUGUUGAACAGAGAAGUGAAAUUAAGCAAGGCCUUCAAGAGAACAAGCACACCGUGCAAGAACCUAGCAUUGUAGAAAAGAGAAAAGAUGACAAGUUCAUAGAGCAUAAAACACCCCAAGGUGGAAACUACAUCAGAUGGGAAGAACGUAUUAGAAUGGAUGUAUCAGAAAAAAGUCUUCCAGCAGAUACAAAGGUGGAGGAAAGUCAUUCAUUUCAAAAUAAAAAUGUGAGUGUAACAACACAGAGCAAAGAAACUUCUGAGAUCCGCUCAGACAUCCAUAAUCGUGAGAGCACAAUGAAGAGCAAGAACAUAGAAAUAACAUUAGAAGAUGUGAAGUCUACUGUAGGAAAUCAGAAGCGUGAAUCUGCAUUUAAACCCACUGGAGAAUCUAAUCAAGAUGAAGUAGGUGAGGAAGCAAGCUCCAAAAUGGGGACUUUCGUUACGGAAAGCAUAGCAGAAAAUAUCGUUUCUGACAUUCUUAAAGAUUUUGUGCCGAAAUCUUCUGACCCACGGCUGCCCUCUGCUACCUUUGAAAAGAAGGAUGUUUCUGAGGGUGAGAAGGUGAACACAAAGACCAACGUACAGGAUACUGUUCAAGAUGAUCCAAAUGCUUCUGAUUAUUUUGACUUGGUAGGUUUCUUAAAGAGAGAUGCUAAAAAGGUGCUUGAAGAUCAUAAAGGAACUCGACAAAAAGAUGUCACAGGAGAUGCUGUUGAUGCUAAGGUGGAAGGCAAAUUAAGAAGGACUGUUCAAGUUGAGAUUGUUGAGGAGCCAUUGGGACCUACAGCUGACGAAAAGGUGGAAUUUCCAACGCCUUUUGAAGUAGAGGAAGCAGAAGACACAUUGUCUGGUGUGGCACAACAUCCAGACUAUUGUGAUGAAGGAGAAGCUACCACAAGCACAGCUAAGGGUCUUAAAGAGAAGCAACCCAGUGUUGUUGUGUCCCAUGUAGAAGAAUUAGCUGAGGGGGAUGACGAAGUUGAUGAAGGAAAGUACUAUGUAUCUACUCCAGAUGAGCACCCCUUAGGUCAUGAACAAGAUAAAAACUCUGUAUAUGGUCAGAUCCAUAUAGAGGAAGAAUCAACAGUUAAGUACUCCUGGCAAGAUGAAUUUUUGCAGGGGUCUCAAACAAGAAUAAAUGAAAGCCUGGGCUCACCAGAACUGGUUUACCAGGUGAUGGGGGGAGAGUCAGGGGCCUAUAUUUCCAAAGAGGAGGCUCCAAAGGAACAGGUGGCACGAGCAGAAACAAUUGUUAUUGAGAAAGAGAUUAAAAUCCCGCAUGAAUUUCAAGAUUCAAUAAAAGGUCUCUUAUCUCGGGAGUCGAAGGACCCUAAACAUCAGUUGAAAGAAGCCCUGGAAAAGCUUGAAGACACGCUUCCAGAAAGUGUAAAACAGGAACUCUCUGUAUUAACAAAAGAAAGCGAGGCUGAUUCCAGUAAUGUGGAAGUAGAUAUUAGAAAAGUAGAGCGCACCAAAGAAAGGGGAUUGGUUACCUUAGUGGCGGAAGUCAACCUGUCCCAGACGCUAGACUCUGAUCAGUUCGACAUGGAAUUUCUUGGCGAGGGUGUGGCUGAUGCAACAAAAUUCCCAACAGAAUCAUUUGGUAAUGAUGGUUUGGAGGAAUACAGGAAACAAGAGCCAGAAGGCCACGAUGAUGGUAGAAAUAAAGUUCGAGUAGAUGUUUCAUCCACACCUUGGACCGUAGAAGAGUUUUCUAGUUCAGCCAAACUAAGUGGGCCUGAUGGCACAGAGCAUCUUUCCGGUGAACAACAUAUUUAUCAAGGCCCAGUUUUCAAAAGCGCAGAAGCCAGUAGUGGAGGAGAUGAACAGCUUCCACAAAUGUCCUUCGAUAUCAACCGACGAAUAAAGCAAAUUGUAAUCUCCCCAACAGAAGUUCACAGAACGGAGCAUGUCUUUUAUGAAGGUCCUGUUGCUGGAGGGUCUCAGUUUGGUGGGGAAGACUUUGCCACAGGAACAUCAGCAGAUGUCAGCCAAAGCUUUAAGGAAUUCAGACAUGGCCCUGAAGAAAUUCAGACGACAGAAACAAUAAUUUUCAGGGGCCCUGUUCAUAAAACGGUCGAAGUGAGUAGUUCUGAAAGCCCAACGCAGACACAGUUUUCAACAGAUAUUAAGUCCUCUGAACGCAUCUCACGGGGUUCAACACAAAUAGUUGAAGAAGUUGUUUUUGAGGGGUCAGCUUCAGAUCUGCCUUCUAGAAAUAGCAGUGAGGCUGUUUUUCAGGUGAAAGGGCCGGCAGAAACCAGCAGGUCAGUAAGGCACAUCCGAAUAGAUCCCAAAGAAGUACAUAGUGAACACAUUGUAUACGAAGGUCGCUUUCCUGGUGUUGUGGAGCUGAGCACCAGUGGAGAUCGUGUUGUGGCCGAAGAGUCCGUAAGACAUAUUAGGAUAGGACAGCAAGAAACCAGAAUGUCCGAGCAAACUAUGUCUAAAGAGUCUCCCACAGAAACAAAUGAACCCAGUAUCAAGGAUGGAGUGCUAGAUACCAGUACCACCAUCAGACAUAUCAAGUUAAGUCCAAAGGAAUUUGUGACAGAGCAGAUUGUUUUUACAGGGCCUGCCUUGGAACGGCACCUGGAGUUCGGUGGACCAAGACAGGAUUCUCCUACAGGGUCAGUAAGGCACAUUAAGUUAGGGCAGGCAGAAGUUCAGAGUGGUGAACAUGUUGUCUACCAUGGUUCUGCUCCAGAAUCUUCUGGUAUCCGUUCUCCCGGAGAAGAGGUACUGGAGGAAGGAAGCCCCAUAGAAAUGAGUAGAACAACACAGCACAUCCGACUGAGCUCCAGUGAAAAACCUGCCAAGCAGAUUGUCUUCCACGGCCCCGUUUCUGAAACAGUACGAGUGAGCACUGCAGAACCUUCUCCAACAGAUGGGCCCUCAGAAAGUAGCAAGCCUGUUGGGCAUAUAAAGAUAGGAGCCAAAGAAACGUCUUUUACUUUUCAGAUGGAUGUGACCAAUGUGGCCGGGGGAGGACAAGAGGCUACAGUUUUCAUACCAGGCAAAAAGGAAGCAGAGGCUGAUUCAUCAGACAGGAGCACAAAAGAUGGCCAGAAAGAAAAUGAAAAUGACCAAGCAUCGGAGGAGUUGACCUUUCAUCAAAGUGUUCAACUCCAAAGAAUGGUAGACCAAAGAUCAGUGAUUUCUGAUGAGAAGAAAAUUGCCCUUCUCUACCUAAAUGAGGACGAGGGUGAAGAAGAUGAUGAUGGACCUUGGUUCUGAAAACUAAGAGUUUCAGCAUGCUUAAUCUAAGAAUUCAAUUGUCGUUUCCCGACUCUGAAAAAAAGGGACUCCUCCAUAACUUAUCCAUGAACGGGGAACUGAUGUUUUUCAACAUAGGUUUUCUGAUUUCAGCAGUAUUUUUUAGCAGGAUUUGUUAGAUGUGUGUGUAUUCACUUACCAAAUUAUGACACGAUUUCUCUUUUGGUUUAUGCUGUGGAAUGUAAAAGACGGUCCCUUCCCCUCCCCUUUAAAAAAGUUAUUUCCCUUUC